GAAGUAACAAGUUGGUUUGGAGCGUUAGAACUUAGGGCUAGAUUGCCGGAUCGGGCAAUAACUAGUUAGUUACCUAACUAAGCCCCAGCCUUAACGUCAUCUGAAGUUCCAACUUCUUCCCCUGGCCAAAACCUUACAACUUCUAUGUGACGUGAGGCGGUGAGUAUUUAUUUAUUCAAUAGCUAGUUUCUAAAAUGUUUCCACAAGCCUCCUGGUGAGUUUACAAAUUGAUAUUUCCACCAUUACAGUGAAGCAACCCUUAUACCUUUUGUUGCUUAGAGAGAGGGAGAGGGAGAGGGAGAGGGAUAAUGAAGUUGCUGAUAUGGACUCCAUCAACGGUCUCCACCGUCUCUCCAUGGCCCGCCCUGUUAGACGAUCUUCUAUGUUGUCUCCAUAUUUCUUUCGCCACCAGAGAAGGCUAGAAUUUCAUUUUCAACGGGUUCCCGUUCCCGCCUUCUCGAUUUCUUAAAACUUAGUGGCAUUAAGAUUUAUAUUGCUCCAUUGGGCUGGUUGUUAAAAGUGAUAUUCCAUCGCCUGUUACCAGCGCUUUCUGUGGAAAGCAGCUUUGUCUAUUUCUACUUGAAUUACAGUUUCAGCGUGGCUUGAAAGAUGACCUUUCGAAUAGACCUUGCUGCGCUUCUCCGCUUGCUGGGUGCUUUUGCCUCAAUAGCGCUGGCACAGCAAGCUACGGAAAUCACAGGCAUCAGCACUCUACCGUCUCUAUCUCCAAGGGAUGGUCUUCCGAGCGAAAGUCAUUCAUCAACAGUAACGCUAACAGGAUCGGGAGCGGUCGAGACAGAAACUGCCGACGGUCUACCCAAUACAACCACUUCAGGUUUUUAUACUCUUCUUGUGGGCAGCAACGGAGUGCCCACAAAUACUCGUCCAUGCAAUGGCUAUUCGGAGUUCUGCGAGCGGAAAUACAGCAAUAUUACAAAUGUAGCUGCCCAUAACAGCCCCUUCGUCCGUCAAGGGAAUAUUGCCAGCAACCAAAAUUUACCAGUGACUAUUCAAUUGAACGAUGGAGUUCGGGGGCUUCAAUUCCAAACACAUCUUGUUGACGGCACUUUCCGUCUAUGCCACUCGUCCUGUGAUCUCCUGGACGUCGGAACUCUAGACGAUUACUUCGUUAACGUGACGGAAUGGCUCAGAGAAAACCCGUACGACGUUCUUACGAUCCUUCUAGGAAAUGGCGACUUCGCCGCUGCUACGGAGUUCAUUGCUCCUCUGAAAAAGUCCGGUCUGCUUGACUAUGUUUAUACGCCACCGAAAAUACCAAUGGCUUUAGAUGACUGGCCAACCUUGUCCCACUUUAUCCUCACUGGAAAAAGAGUAGUCGUCUUCCUCAACUACGAAGCCAAUCAAACCGAGGUUCCGUAUAUUCUUGAUCAAUUUAGCCAAAUGUGGGAGACACCAUUUUCGCCCACCGACAUAUCGUUCCCCUGCGAUAUUCAAAGGCCCCCGGGUUUGAGUGAGGCGGCUGCAAAAGAUAGACUGUACCUAGCAAGCCACAAUCUGAACACAAUGCUCAGUUUUGCUGGUCAAUCUCUGCUUGUCCCCAAUACUGUUCUGUUGAAUGAGACGAAUGCGGUGGAGGGAUUUGGAAGUGUUGGCAAGGCCGGCAUCGAUUGUGCGGAUAAAUGGGGGCGACCACCGAACUUCAUCCUAGUGGAUCACUACAAUAUGGGCCCUGUGAACGGCUCUGUAUUCCAAGCCGCGGCAAUACUGAAUAACGUGACCUACAAUGGGAAAUGCUGCGGUCGAUUGAAAUCUGCGUCACCGAGCAAGCUAUUCUCCCAACUUUCGAAUCAAGUGUGGCCUGUAUAUCUGGUGGUAGCAAUGAUGGUGACGGCUAUGCUAUGAUGACUGGUGUUAUGGUUUUUUUUCUUUUCCUUUUGUCUUUUUGUAGCGAAUGUUUCGCCACGUUGGAUACCUCUUCUUUGGCAAGGUUUAAUUUAUCACGGCCGGUCCUAGGUAAAGGAGUUAUGUGGGAGCCUUUUUUGAAUUAUUUGUUUGCAGUACUGAAAACUUAAUGCAAGAUACCAUACUCACCUAAUAUUAUAGAAUAGUAUCAAAACAAGAGAGAAAACCAAAACAUUACCUUAUCAUCUAGGAUUAAUU